GUUCUAUUUUGCAGGACAAGAGACUACUUCAGUGUUGCUAGUUUGGACAAUGAAUCUUCUCAGCAGAUUUCAAGAUUGGCAAACUCGAGCUAGAGAUGAGAAGCUUGAUUUUGAAAAAUUAAAUAACCUUAAAAGUUGCAAGUGACAAUGAUUUUGUACGAGUCCUUGAGACUAUAUCCACCAGUAGCCAGCUUGAUGAGGAAGGUCGUAGAGGAGACGAAACUAGGAGAGAUAGUUUUGCCUCCAGGUGCAAUGUUGUCAUUACCAAUGCUUUUGCUACAUCUAGAUAGUGAGAUCUGGGGUGAAGAUGUGAAGGCGUUCAAGCCAGAGAGGUUCAAGGAAGGGAUAAUGACAGCAACAUUGGGUAAAAAUGCCUUCUUCCCAUUUGGACUUUUGGAGGGGGCCCUCGAAUUUGCAUUGGCCCUCGAAUGUGACAGAGUUCUGUGUUCGUUUUCCGUCAAGUUCACUGUGCGUCGUCACCAGGAAGUUCCGCAGUCGGCCAUCUGUCCAUUGGAGCCGCCAUCGGCCUGAAAGCUGUCACCAGAAGUCGCUGCUGUCCGCAAGGGAGUUGCUGUUCGUUUCGAUUCUCGCUGGCCGCUUCUCGUCCGUGAGGAAGGACGCAGAAUCUGGAACAUGGAGCUGAAGAAGCUGGACGCGUGGUGUGCUAUUCUAUCUGUGCGCAUAGGAAAUUAAAGCAGGAUGUCACGGGCAUAGAGUCUGGCGCAGCCCACAGCGCCCGUGCGGCGUCCCGGGGUCCCUCACCCCGCGGACCAGCCUUACUCUCAUACGGGACCAGACUGGUUUCGCCCUGCCUUGGGCUCAUCAGGGGAACGGCAAUAGCUCCCGACCAGUUGUGCCUUUAUGUCCGCCUCCGUCUCCUUCAUAGUCAAGCCCCACAUGCCCAACUCGGCCAGACCUCAGCGUCUAAAGGCAGAACCCUCCUUGACGCUAUUGCCUCCCACAUGCCUCACCCGACAUGCUAGCCAGUCGGUCCAUCCCAUUCAUUGAGCCUAACACGGUCACGAACAACGGUCCGUGACAUUCUCCCCCACCCAAAAUCUAGCACGUCCUCGUGCUAGGGGAGACGACUCUGCCCGAGGAUCGCCAUGCUUAAUAUUGUCAACGCGCCUCAUCACCAGGCCGCUUCUCUCUCAAGCAGCCCGGCCGAGCUGGUGGCCACUCGAGUUCCCAUUCCCUCAGGAACCCAUCCGCCCCUGCGGACCAUCAGGAGUGGAGCCGUCAUCAGCACGUACCGGCCCUAAAGCCACCAUGCUCGCAUAGUCCUCAUCCCUCACGAGGACCCCACCAUAACACGCGACAAUAUAAGCAUGACCCGCUCUGAUACCACUUGUCACGGGCAUAGAGUCUGGCGCAGCCCACAGCGCCCGUGCGGCGUCCCAGGGUCCCUCACCCCGCGGACCAGCCUUACUCUCAUACGGGACCAGACUGGUUUCGCCCUGCCUUGGGCUCAUCAGGGGAACGGCAAUAGCUCCCGACCAGUUGUGCCUUUAUGUCCGCCUCCGUCUCCUUCAUAGUCAAGCCCCACAUGCCCAACUCGGCCAGACCUCAGCGUCUAAAGGCAGAACCCUCCUUGACGCUAUUGCCUCCCACAUGCCUCACCCGACAUGCUAGCCAGUCGGUCCAUCCCAUUCAUUGAGCCUAACACGGUCACGAACAACGGUCCGUGACAAGGAGCUGUAUUUGGAUUUGAGCUGAACUUAGGCCGCAUUUUGGCUGCACUUGGACUGGAUUUGGACUGGACUAGGGGCUGGAUAUCUGGUCAAACCUAGACACUGCUGCAGCGUCAAUCGGACGCAGGGAUUUGACGCAGGAAGAAGGAACGUAGGUGGUGGGAGCUUGCUAGACUACUGUUGGGUUUUGGGCUGCUCACUUAUUGGGCUAGAGUGGACUUGGAUCUGGGUUGCUGCUUUGGCGCUGGGCUGGAGUGGGCCGCUGACUUGGGCUGCUGGAGUUGCUGGUCAACGGUCAGGCACUAAGUCAACGCCGGUCAAAGACAGUCAACCGCCAAUCAACAGUCCCAAAAAAUCGCAAUUCUAAAUUGGGUGGGUAAGGUCCAAACACUCUCCAAGUGUUUGGCUAUUUUAAGUCUUCUUUAUC